AUGCCUAUCGACUACAGCAAGUGGGAUGCGCUCGAGCUCAGCGACGACUCGGACAUUGAGGUGCAUCCCAACGUUGACAAGCGCUCCUUCAUCCGGGCCAAGCAGAACCAGAUCCAUGCCGAGCGCGAGCAGCGCAAAAACCAGAUUGAGACGCUCAAGUACGAGCGCAUCAUCAACGAUGCCCUGAUCAAGCGCAUCUCGUCUUUGCUCGCCUCGCUGCGCUCCCAUGCCGCCGAGGCCGAGUCGCGGAACCCUGGCGAGGUCGCCUUCAGAGCCGUCAUGGAGACGGCCGCCUCGCUCGAUCCCAAGGAUGACCAGCCGCCCCCGCGCCCCGCUGGUGUCCACAAUGCCGAGGAGUCGCUGCCCACCUACACAAAGAUGAUAACCACCCUCCUCGACCAGGUGGACAAGGCCCUCGACGAGAAGAAGGUCGACCAGGACAAGAGAUACGGCGCCAUGGUGGCCGAGGUUGCCGACCACCUCGAGAAGGUGACGACGCUGCAGGCCGACCUGCACAAGAAGCUAGCAGAGCUGGAGAAGCUCGAGAAGAGCAAGAUCACCAGCGAGAGCAUCCACACUGGCUUCGACAGCUCCCACAUCAAUAAGUCCACUUCGGCCGGAGACAAGGGCUACUCCAAGCCCGAGCUUCUCAACCCCAACUUCGCCGGCACCCCCUCGGUGCCCGCCCCCCCGUCCGCCCCCGGCGCUGCCGACGACGGCGACGACGACGACGACGACGACGACAUGGAGGCCUCUCCCACAGAUAAGCAGUUCGCCCAGAUCAAGGCUUCCGAGCAGCGCCAGAGCCUCUCGUUCCUGUCGGCGCACCCCGAGAUUCUCACCGAGAAGGACACGGACGCCAUCCUCAUGCUGGCCUUCAACUCCCAGCUCGAGGGGCGCGACGACUAUGCGCGCAACUGCGUGCACCAAGCGCUGCUGCUCCAGUACUGCCGGGCGCUCGGCCGCGACGGAGUAGCGCUGUUCUUCAAGCGCAUCAUGACGCCGAACCACCAGGCCCAGGGCAUCUUCUUCAAGGACGUGCAGGAGACGUACCUCCGCAUCAAGACCCGCACCCGCGAGAUCAGUCUGCAGCGGGCCAAGGACGAGGCCGCUGGCACCGCCGCCGUGGAGCAGAUCCAGCUGCACGCCGUCGAGCCCGGCACCGUCAUCAACAUCAAGAUCCCCGCCAAGGACAGCGAGGACCCCGCCGAGAAGGCCGGCCGCGAAAUCUUCGAGUCCUUCACGCCCGAGAUGCAGGCCGCGCUGGAGACGGGGACUCUCGACGAGGUCAACAAGGCUAUCGGCAAGCUGGCGGUUGGCGAGGCUGAAGAGCUGGUGGCGAAGCUGGGAGAGGCCGGCAUUCUCAGCAUCGAGGAAGAGAUCAUCGACGCCACGACAGAGGACGGACAGAAGAAGCUCAAGACCCUCGAGGAGGAGGCCCAUAGGACGGAGGCCCAGGGGACGCAGGCCCAGGAGACGGAGGACCCGAAUUUAAAAGGGGUGGAAAAUCAUGGCACGCUACAGUACCGGUUGAAACCCUGCCUGGGGAGUUGCCACGGCGACGAUAGCUCCUCCACACCACGCACCCGCCUGAGGGAGAUCAUUGUGGAGGCAAGCGCAGGCGAUCAGGGAGAGCGUAGGUAUCCAGCUGAGGUAAACGCGGCCAGGCGCGUAUCCUAUUGCGGGUUCAAUCGGAGCUUGACAAGAAAAAAUCCGGAGAGAAACGCGCACAUGGAGAAAGAGUAUCAAAAAGAUUGA